GAGGAGAAAAAGAGGAAGGGGCGACAUCAGCUAGAAAAUAGAUAUUCACUCAGACCACUCGCCUCUCCUCUGUCAGUCGGCUUGGUGCACAGAGAGCACUGGACCCGAACCGUAGCGGCCUGGGGAAGGGGAGGGCACCAGCACACAGCCAGAGCGGCCUAACCAGGGCAUAGGGCCUCGACGCGGGGCUUUCCUGGGAAGAAGAAUACUGAGAAGGGAGACAGGCUGCUGCCCUUGGUGUUGGGAUUUGCAUUUGGGGAGAGACUAGGGGCCCGGUAAGCUGGAGGUGGGAGUCCAGGCCUCUCCUGGACUCCAGGGCGCCCAGGGUUGCUGCAGCUGGAAGAGAGGGAGGCCUUGGAGCAAGUGGAUGCGGGCCUGAAAAGUCUAGGUCGGAGCCAGGUGGUAGAUUCCAGCGGGGAGGCAGAAGCUACAGAGAGCCCCUGGAGAGCCAACCGAUCUCCACGGAAGUUGUGACCAUCAAGCCCAGGGGCUCCAGAGAGUCUUGGGUGUACGGCACGAAAUGCUCAGGCCUUAGCGGGGCUCCAACCCAGUGAAAGGUCUGAGGGACCUGAACACAGAAGAGGGUGAGGAAGGCUGAAACACCAAGGGUUUGUCUGUGGGCGGUGAGUAGGGCUCUUUGAGGGUAGGGGACUUCACUUUCUUUUGUUCAUCAGACCCCCGAGCUUUAAGGAAAGCAAGGAAGCCGGGACCUCCGGGUGUCCACGUUGGCUCGGGGGAGAAAGCGAGAGAGAGAGAGAGAGAGAGAGAGAGAGAGAGAGAGAGAGAGAGAGAGAGAGAGAGAGAGAGAGAGAGAGAACAGUAAAAAAGGAUGAGGGGACUGAGAAAGACUGGGGAAAGGAGAGAAAGCCAGUCCGAGACCGAGGCGAUGAGAGGAAUAAAGAGGAAGACAGGAGAGAGAAAGGCGACGAGUGAAGAGUAAGAAAGAAAGGAGGGAUGGGGACCAGGCGAAAAAUCUGGAAGAGAAAGGGCGGAGUGGGCACCGAGGCCCAGGCCAAGCCUAGCGCCCGAGAGGGGGUGGUUUUUCCAGGGUCUGCACUCCUGUCCCUGGUAUCCGAACCCCAGAGAGUCAAAUCGCUACCAGCCGGAACGCUCUCCGCAGAGAAAUAUGUAAAUCAGGGCUCUCUGCGCCCUGGAGAGUGUCGCAAUUACGCCCCUUGAACAAGAAGCAACAAGCUCCCAGCCGGUGAGCUACAGAGGGUGGCUGCGUCGCGGGGGAGGGAGCGGCUGCAGGAAAGGUGGGGUGGGGGUGGGAACCUCACACCCUCACACCUAGUCCCCUGUGCCAGGGCCGGGGCUCCCCCCCCCACCGCUCUCCGCUGCUCUCCCUUCCCCCUUCCUCCCCCUCCUUCUCCCUCCCUCCUCCUCCCCUCCGGCCUAGGUCCGGGUACUUAAAGCAGCGCGGGCGGGCUAAGGCGGGCGGGCGGCCCAGUCCGGUGGCGGCAGAUGCACCCAGCGGUGGCAGCCGCCGGCGGCGCGCAGGUGACCGGCCUGCCGCGCAGCCUGGUCAGGGAGUGCCCUGGGAGAGCUGGCAGGCGCUGGAGACCGAUCCGCCCCCAGCGUGCGCGCGUCUCGGCGCCAGGAGCCGUCCCGGGGCGUGUUGGCGAGCGCUGAUAUAGAUAUAAGGACAUUUCUCUCCAUGGCGUCACGUGACAUAAUUACCACCAGAAUCAAUCAAGAUGAAUUGCACGUCAGCGCCCGGUGGGGAUUUUUGCUUAGUUGAUCCUGGCCCAAGCCUCUUGUGCAAUCGAUGGCUCAGGUUGGAGGCGCGGGGAGCGGCCCGAGGCUCGCCGGCGUGCACGCCGCGCAGCCAUGAACGACUUUGACGAGUGCGGCCCGAGCGCAGCCAGCAUGUACCUGCCGGGCUGCGCCUACUACGUGGCCCCGUCGGACUUCGCCAGCAAGCCGUCGUUCCUCUCGCAGCCGUCCUCCUGCCAGAUGACUUUCCCCUACUCGUCCAACCUGGCGCCGCACGUCCAGCCCGUGCGGGAGGUGGCCUUUCGCGACUACGCCGGCCUGGAGCGCGCCAAGUGGCCGUACCGUGGCGGCGGCGGUGGCGGCGCGGGGGGCGGCCCCGGCGGGGGCGGCCCCGGCGGGGGCGGCGGCGGCUCCGGGGGCUACGCUCCCUACUACGCCGCGGCGGCGGCGGCGGCGGCGGCGGCGGCAGCGGCGGAGGAAGCGGCCAUGCAGCGGGAUCUGCUCCCGCCGGGCGGCCGCCGGCCAGACGUGCUCUUCAAGGCUCCCGAGCCGGUGUGUGGCGCUCCCGGGCCGCCGCACGGUCCCGCGGCCGCCGCCUCCAACUUCUACAGCGCCGUGGGUCGCAACGGCAUCCUGCCCCAGGGCUUUGAUCAGUUCUACGAGGCGGCGCCGGGACCCCCCUUCGCCGGCCCGCAGCCCCAGCCCGCGCCCGCGCCGCCGCAGCCCGAGGGCGCCGCUGACAAGGGCGACCCCAAGGCCGGGGCUGGUGGCGGCGGGGGCAGUCCCUGCGCCAAGGCGACUCCCGGCCCGGAGCCCAAGGGGGCGGCGGAAGGCGGCGGUGGCGAAGUCGAGGGCCCCCCGGGGGAGGCGGGGGCCGAGAAGAGCGGAGGCACAGUGGCCCCCCAGAGGUCCCGGAAAAAGCGCUGCCCCUACACCAAGUACCAGAUCCGCGAACUGGAACGCGAGUUUUUCUUUAAUGUAUACAUAAACAAAGAGAAAAGACUCCAACUCUCGAGGAUGCUCAACCUCACUGACCGGCAAGUCAAAAUCUGGUUCCAGAAUCGCAGGAUGAAAGAAAAGAAACUGAACAGAGACCGUCUGCAGUAUUUCACUGGAAAUCCCUUAUUUUGAGAGCUCCAGGAAGCGCCCCCUCCCCAGAGCCCCACUCACCCACCCUCCUCCCCACCAGCCUGCCCUCCGCGGGCCCAAUGUCCUUGGGUUCAAUGACGCCUCUUCUCUGUGGAACUUCACGAUUCCUUCUGGCGGUCAACUCGGGACCUCCCAGCGACCACUGCAGCCUGAGGACGAGGCCGGGGACUUGGCCGAGCGGAUCCUAAUAAGGGGAAAAUGGUAAAUGCAAUCGUCCCUUUACAAUUUUACCGCCAAUGUGCCGUUGUUGCUUGCCCCUCUCCGAGUCCUGGUGGACGCGGCAGGAUCUGUAGGGAGCUAGGCCAAGGGGCUAGAAGGAGUCGGUGUUUUGUUUCGAGUUUAAGAAAUCCCUUUCUUCCCCCUCAGUGAACACAGAUUAUUUAAACUCUGGGAAAUGUACCUUUGGGCAUGAGUCACUGUCUUUUUGUGUGUGAAUAAAUGGUUUCUAGCAAAAUGGA